AUGAAUCUCCAGAUAGACUUACUGCCCUUAUUGGCAUGUUUUUUCAUAUCUAGCGCAUUAGGCUCUUACAUAAGCCCUUUCAAAUUACAAGAGGUUGAGUAUCAUGGAGAAUAUGUUGGUGAACCACUGAUACUAACACCACUUUUGGAAAAAGGGAAAGUGAAAGAAGCUAGGGCAGCUGCUAAUGUGUCAUUAGAUGGUGUGGCUAAGGACGUAACUAGUUACGCUGGUUACUUCACGGUAAACAAACAUUACAACUCCAAUCUAUUCUUUUGGUUUUUCCCAUCAACUGGUGACUACGAAAACGACCCAGUGUUGGUCUGGCUACAAGGAGGUCCGGCUGCCUCAUCAAUGCAAGGUCUGCUGCUGGAACAUGGGCCAUUUGCAGUCAACGAAAAUACACUACUGGAAAUGAGAGAACGCUGCUGGACUAAAAACCAUUCAGUCAUCUACAUAGACAGCCCCGUAGGCGCUGGAUUCAGUUUCACAGAAAACGAAAACGGCUACGCCAGAGAGCAAACACAGGUGGGGCGGGAGCUGUACAAGGCACUCCAGCAGUUCUUCCAGCUUUUCCCAGAACUGAGGAAGAAUGAUUUUUAUGUCAUUGGAGAAUCCUAUGGUGGCAAGUUCGGUCCCGCAUUGGCUUACGCAAUUCACAAAAACAACCCCGAUGCGGAAGAAAAAAUCAAUUUGAAAGGAAUUGCUCUUGGAAAUGGGUAUAUAGAUCCAGAACUUCAAAGCGGUUAUGCCGAGUACGUAUAUCAGCUCGGAUUGGUUGAUCAGAGUACCGCCGAUAUUAUAAAACAAUACGAAAUGAAAGCAAAUGAGUUCAUCCACAACAAAGACUUUAACCAAUCAGUAAAAAUGUGGGCAGCUGCUCUAAACGUUAUCCGAGAAAGUGGAGUGAACCUGUUCAACUACCUUAAGGAAGGAGUUGGCAUUGACGAGAGUCUGAUGAACAUAUUCCUCAACAAGCCUGAUACUAGACGUAGAAUACAUGCUGGUAACACCACGUUUGGAUCACAAAAGGCUAAGAAUUACUUGGAAGAAGAUAUACCGAAGACUGUUGCACCCUGGUUUGUUGAAGUAGCCAAUCAUUAUAGAGUACUAUUGUAUUCUGGUCAGGUAGACAUCCAGGUCGCAUAUCCGCUGACUUUGAACUUUUUGAAACAUGUGGAGUUUAGAGGCAUCGAGGAAUAUCGCAAGGCUCAAAGGAAAAUCUGGUAUGUUGGAGAGGAGUUAGCUGGAUACAGCAAGAGUGGUGGGAACUUCACUGAAGUCUUAGUGAGAGGUGCUGGCCACAUGGUCCCAGUUGAUCAACCCAAGUGGGCUGCAGAUUUGAUUUACAGGUUUACGAGAGAGAAACCAAUUUAUUAA